AUGGCCAUGAGCGAGCUGGGCACCCAGAAGGGCAGCGAUGGUACUGUUUCUCGCCUGCUCAACGUGGUAGAAAGUGAGCUGCAGGCAGGGAGGGAGAAAGGCGACCCUACGGAGAAGCAACUUCAGAUCAUCCUGGAGGAUGCCCCUCUCUGGCAGAGAUUCAAGGAAGUCACUAACGAAAUGAUCGUGACCAAGAAUGGCAGACGGAUGUUCCCCGUCCUCAAGAUUAGUGUCACGGGGCUGGACCCCAAUGCCAUGUACUCCCUCCUGCUGGACUUUGUCCCCACGGACAGUCACCGCUGGAAGUACAUCAAUGGGGAGUGGGUGCCCGCAGGCAAGCCAGAGGUCUCCGGCCACAGCUGUGUCUACAUCCACCCGGACUCCCCCAACUUCGGGGCCCACUGGAUGAAAGCUCCCAUCUCCUUCAGCAAAGUCAAGCUGACGAACAAGCUCAACGGAGGUGGGCAGAUAAUGUUGAAUUCUCUGCAUAAAUAUGAGCCCCAGGUUCACAUAGUGCGUGUUGGAGGUGCCCAUCGAAUGGUGAUGAACUGCUCCUUCCCUGAAACCCAGUUCAUAGCUGUGACGGCCUAUCAGAACGAGGAGAUAACAGCUCUCAAAAUCAAGUACAACCCUUUUGCCAAAGCCUUCUUGGAUGCCAAGGAACGGAAUCACCUCAAAGACGUUCCGGAAGCCGUCUCUGAGAGCCAGCACGUGGCCUACUCUCACCUGGGAGGCUGGAUCUUUUCCAAUCCGGAUGGAGUGUGCGCAGCAGGAAACGCCAAUUACCAGUAUGCUACCCCCUUACCUCUGUCUGCUCCCCACUCCCACCAUGGCUGUGAGCGCUAUCCUGGCCUCCGAGGGCACCGGCAGGCUCCCUACCCUUCUGCCUACAUGCAUAGAAACCAUUCUCCCUCAGUGAAUUUGAUAGAAAGCUCCAGCAAUAACCUGCAAGUUUUCUCCGGAGCUGACAGCUGGACUUCCUUGUCCUCCACACCGCACACCAGCAUCCUGUCCGUACCCCACACCAGCGGGCCAAUCAAUCCAGGGCCCAGCCCCUACCCAUGCCUGUGGACCAUCAGCAACAGUGGCGGGGGCCCGGCCGGGCCCGGCCCCGACGUGCACACCAGCUCCCCGGGAGCAUUUCUUCUGGGGAGUCCAGCUGUGACUUCGCCCCUCUCUGCCCAGGCACCCACUUCGGCGGGUGUGGAGGUUCUGGGGGAGCCCUCGCUGACCAGCAUCGCUGUGUCCACCUGGACAGCAGUGGCCUCACAUCCCUUCUCGGGCUGGGGUGGCCCAGGUGGGGGAGGGCGCCAUUCUCCCUCCUCCCUGGAUAGCUAGGCAGGAUCCUAGGGAAGGUGUCAGCGGAGAACCUUGUCUGUAUAGAGCAUUUAGAAACCCCAUCUACUGAUUCUAGGGAGUUAGACUGCAGGGUCUCCCCACCCAGUGAGCUAGAGGGUGGGGUGGGUAACGGGAGGUGGUUUAGUUUGGUGAUGCUCCCUGGUUUCUUUUCG